CAGUAGUAGCACUGCAGUCCAAAGUGCCAAAGAAAAACCACCAAGUUACAAAAGAAAAACCACCAUCUUAUGAGCUAAACUCAACAUUUUAUCCGAAAUUCCGAGUCAGCAUGGCGCUAAAUUUCGAGCUCACAGCAUACGAAGUCUAUCUUGUAAAAACUCAUCCUAUCUCAUAGAAAAGGGUAGUUGUCAAGAACUUCCAACUUGCCACAUCACCUGCAGGCUGCAAGAAACAGCAAAAAUCAGCAUUGCUAUCACCCCGAUCACAGCCUCUCAGAAAGAUUACGGGAAAAGCGACCUCGGGCGGGAGAUAAGGUAAGGAGGCCAGCGCCUUCCUGUCUGCUUCUCCGCAAGGAGACACCGGUGUGAACGUGCCUGUGCAACCGCAAGAACCCUUUUUUCCCCUUUCUCCCUGUGACUUUUGCCUUUCUUACAUCUACACCGGCGGCGGCAGAAUCUAAUCUCCCAGAGCAGGAAAACCGAUAGAAAUAAGCACGCGGCUUGGGCAGGUGCACCGUGCACGGCGUCCAGUUGAACCGAACCUCCCCGCACGGUCCUCCUGGUUCGCCAUUAAUGGCCGUGCAUUUACUCGUACUGUCCCUCCUCGUCUUGGCCUCUUCUAGCUCAGGCUCCACCACCGCGCUCGCCACGAACGCCACUGCCGAUGGCUCGCUGGAUGGUCUGGAUGCGGGGAGCGUCACCCGGUUCAGCUUCUCCAACUUCCAUCCCGACUACCGUGGCAAAAACCUGACGGUGGUCGGCGAUGCCGACAUAACCAAGGGCGCGCUCCAGAUCACGCCGGACACUCUCAACGAGCCCGCCCACUUCCUCACCAAUAAGUCCGGCCGCGUCCUCUACUCCGCACCAGUCAGGCUCUGGCGCCGCGAUAAGGGCGGCAAGGGCAAGGGCAAUGCCGGCGCCGGCGGCAAGUUGAAGGUCGCGUCCUUCCGCACCGUCUUCACCGUCAACGUCUUCCGCGUGUCGGGCGCGGAGCCGGCGGAGGGGUUCGCGUUCCUUAUCGCGCCGUCCGCGGGCGAGCCGCCCGCCGCGAGCUACGGCGGCUUCCUCGGCCUCACCAACGCGACGACCGACGGCAACGCCACGAACCAGGUCGUCGCCAUCGAGCUCGACACCGAGAAGCAGCCAUACGACCCUGACGACAACCACAUCGGCCUCAACGUGAACAGCGUCGUCUCCGUCGCCAACGCCUCGCUCACGCCCCGCGGCAUCGAGAUCUCGCCGGCCAAGACCGCCAAGUACAACGUCUGGAUCGACUACGACGGCGACGCCCGCCGCAUCACGGUGUACAUGGCCGACGUCGACGCCGCCAAGCCCGCGUCUCCGGUGCUCGCCGCGCCGCUGGACCUCGGGGCCACCGUGGCCGAGAAGUCCUACUUCGGGUUCGCCGCGUCCACGGGCCGCAAGUACCAGCUCAACUGCGUCCUGGCGUGGAACAUGACGGUGGAGAAGCUGGACGAGCCCGGCAAAACCAAGGGCCUGAUCCUGGGACUCGCCGUCGGGUUGCCCGUGGCGGCGCUCGCGCUGGGCGCCGCCGCCGCAUUGGGGUACUACAUGUGCGUGGUGAAGCGGCGGAAGGUGCGGCGCGACAAGGGCAGCGCCAUCACCGGGAACAUGAUCCGGAGCCUCGCCGGCGGGCCGCGUGAGUUCGAGUACCGGGAGCUGCGGAAGGCGACCAACAACUUCGACGAGAGGAUGAAGCUGGGGCAGGGCGGGUACGGGGUGGUGUACCGCGGCACGGUGACCGACGACCACAGCAACCCGACCGCCGCGGGGACCACGGUGGAGGUGGCGGUCAAGAAGUUCUCGCGGGCGAGCACGCAGGGGCAGAACGACUUCCUCGCCGAGCUCAGCAUCAUCAACCGCCUCCGCCACAAGCACCUCGUCCGCCUCGUCGGGUGGAGCCACGACAACGGCGAGCUGCUGCUGGUGUACGAGUAUAUGUCGAACGGCAGCCUGGACCAGCACCUGUUCAGCUCGGCGCCGGGGUCUCGGCCAGGGCAGCAGCUCGGGUGGGAGCUCCGGUACAGCAUCGUGCAGGGCGUGGCGUCAGCGCUGCACUACCUGCACGACCAGUUCGACCAGCGCGUGGUGCACCGCGACCUUAAGGCCUCCAACAUCAUGCUCGACGCCGCCUUCACCGCGCGCCUCGGCGACUUCGGCCUGGCCCGCGCCAUCGAGACGGACAAGACCUCCUACAUGGAGGAGGCCGGCGGCGGCGUGCACGGCACCGUCGGCUACAUAGCCCCGGAGUGCUUCCACACCGAGAAGGCCACACGCGAGUCCGACGUCUACGCCUUCGGCGCCGUCAUCCUCGAGGUGGUCUGCGGCCGCCGCCCGCGCUGCGACAUCGACGGCUUCCACUUCCUCGUCGACUGGGUGUGGCGCCUCCACCGCGAUGGCCGCGCGCUCGAGGCCGUCGACCCCGGCCUCGACGGCGCCUUCGACGAGGACGACGCCGAGCGCCUGCUCAUGCUGGGCCUGGCAUGCAGCCACCCAACGCCCGCCGAGCGGCCCAAGGCGCAGGCCAUCUCGCAGAUCCUGCUGCGCUCCAUGCCCACGCCCGCGGUGCCGCCGUUCAAGCCAUCGUUCGUGUGGCCGGCCACGGACGGAGGGUUCGACACCAUGUCGACGACGGCAGGGUCGACGUCGAGCACGGUCGUCACAUCCACGUCCACGUGGAGCGGCAACUUCGCGAGGGGCAGCGAGAACCUCGCGCCGGCGCCGGAGCAGGACACCUCCGGUUCACUGGUUUGACACGUCGGUUUCCAAUUGCCGCCGUCACCGUGCAUUCUAGUGAUUGUUUAAACCGCAAUCUCCUACUCUUUUCUUCUUUUUUUUGGCUUUCUUGAAAUUCUUCAUCUGUAAUUAUCUUUCUAACGAGAAUUGUUCUUGCAUUUCUCGUACUCUUUGUGUACUCUUCGAUGGAGGUGUUUUGGUUGGUGCAAUUUUGUGAAGGCAAAGUUGCAAGUCUGCUGAGUUCUGUUUUCUUUUA